AUGCUCGCCCUGGAAAACGGGUUUAUAUUUCUGUUCCAAUUCAUAAUGGAAGAUCCUAAGCAGUCUCCUGCCGUCGCACUCUUUGGUGAUGAUGCUAUAUUUAGGGAUCCCCGGUAUGAAGUAACUUGGGAAGCUGGCGAUUCUGAAAACCCACGGACAUGGUCGGUGUGGUAUCGUGGAUUUAUUGUGGCAUCUAUGUCAUUUUCAACUACUAUUGUAGUGAUAUACACGACCAUGUACACCUCAGGUGUCGAAGGCAUACAAAAAGAAUUCAACAUCUCAUCAAAACUUGUUGUACUCCUUGGUCUAACCACCAAUCUUUUUGGUUUGGCAUUAGGAUCGGUUGUUCUUUCGUCCUUGUCAGAAAUCUAUGGCCGACGUCCUGUUUAUCUCGUGUCUGUUCUCUUAUUUGGUCUAUUGACACUGCCUGUCGCGUUGGCAAAUAACAUAGAAGCCAUUUUGAUCAGUCGCUUUUUUGGAGGAUUCUUCGGCGGAACUAUGAUUGCCAGCGCGCCAGGCAGUGUCACUGAUGUGACGGAUGAUCAGUAUCGUGCUCUGGCACUGAGCUGCUGGAGCUUAGGUACCAUGAAUGGACCUGUCCUUGGUCCUAUCAUUGGUGGCUUUGUCUACCAAUAUCUUGGCUGGCGAUGGCUCAAUUGGCUUGUUUUGAUAUGCAGCGGAAUCUCACUCUGUCUAAUGUUUCUCGUGAAAGAGACUUAUUCACCUGCUCUUCUUCGACGAAAGACCAUAAAGAGAAAGAAGAUGACUGGAGACCGUCGAUGGUGGUGCCGCUUCGACCAUGAGGAGACCGGUUUGCAAGUGUUGAAGACUAAUUUGAUUCGACCCCUACGCAUGGCAGUUCUUGAGCCAAUUUGCAUUUUCUGGAAUUUAUACGUUGGGGUUGUCUAUUCCGUGCUGUUUCUAUGCUUCGUUGCAUACCCGAUUGUCUUCGAAGGAGCGCGAGGCUGGACCCCAGGCUUAGCUGGACUGAGUUACUGCGGCAUAGGCACAGGCACAGCCAUCGCUGUCGGUCUAGAGCCCUUGAUCCGAAAAAUCAUUGCUUUGCACCCUCAGGAUCCGAUUACCAGCCGGCCAGCUCCAGAGGCAGCAGUGAUCGCCGUCUGCAUUGGCAGCGUACUGAUACCGAUUGGAGAGUUCUGGUUUUCUUGGACCGCACAACCAUCGGUGCACUGGAUUCUUCCCAUUUUGGCCGGUAUUCCUUUUGGAUUGGGAAAUGGGUUGGUAUUCAUCUACGCAACAAAUUACAUGGCCGGGAGCUAUACCGUCUACGCUGCGUCCGCCCUAGCAGGGAAUUCGAUUGUGCGAUAUGGUCUUGCAGGUGUUUUGCCACUUGCGGGUGAAAAAAAUGUACAGCACUCUUGGAGCAAAUUGGGCUGGGACGAUGUUGGCACUGAUCGAGGUUAUACUUAUUCCGAUCCCGUUUAUCUUUUAUAA